AUGUAUGAUGGAAAGGAUGAUCCAGAUAAUCACUUAAAGCACUUUAAUGCCAUAAUCCGGAUGGAGAGGUGGACAGUCCCGGUGGCAUGCCAUAUGUUCGCACUUACCUUGAAAGACACUGCUCGGGCAUGGUUAGAUGGUUUGCCUAUGGGAAGCAUAAUGAACUUUGAAGAUCUUAAGACAAAGUUUAGGUCUUUUUUCAGCCAGCAAAGAAAGUACAAGAAGAUCCAUUUGGAAGCACACAAUAUUAAGAGAAAAGAUAAUGAAAGCAUACGUCAGUUCAUCAUAAGGUACACGGAAGAAACAUCCCUUAUCAAAGGAUUGAAUGAAGAUCAAAAAAUCUCCGGUUUCGUUCAUGGUCUCCGAUAUCGCCCCUUGGUAGAAUUUUUGUCACAGGAUCUUCCGGAAACGUAUACAAGUGUCAUGGACAAAACAUACACGUUCCUUAUAGCGAAAGAAACAGCUGGAGAAGUCCAUGGUGCACAUGCUCUGGAGGGGAGGCCACCGUGGGGAGGAGGUCCAGGGUCCGGUGGUAAAAGGGGGAGGGUAUACAGAAAUGAAAGGGUAGAAAGGCAUAAGCAUUCUCCAUAUCCCUCGCAUCCUAGAGGACUCCCAUCAAAUAGGGGAAUGUUGUUCACUCCCCCGAGACCCCAAAGAGAUGUUUUGGCAACAGAGAGGUUACCACCAAGGGACCGUAGUAAAGGAAAGGCGAAGGACCUCACAAAAUUUUGUGAAUUCCACAACGACCAUGGGCACGAUACAAAUGAUUGUCGCAUACUGAAAAUCAAGAUGGAAGAAGCCAUGAAGACAGGAAGAUUGAGCAACCUAAUAAAGGGGUUGAAGGAGCAGCGUCUAAAGAAUGAUCAAAGAAGGCAGAAUGUGGUCGAACAUAUGGGCCCAAAACAGGAACCCCUUGAUGAACCCAUCAUGAUGGUGGAGUAUGCAAGAGAAAGACACUUUACAGAAGGAGAAAGACAAAGGUGGGAACAAACGGCUAUAACCUUCCCGAUGCUACCUCCAGAUGAAGGAACAGAAGGUCCAAUUUUGAUAAAAGCAGUUAUAGGGAACCAUCCAGUGAAUAGAGUCCAUCUAGAUACUGGAAGUGGUUGUGAAAUAAUGUAUGAACACUGCUUCCUAAACCUAAGGGCCGCCUUGCGGAUGAAGAGAAGAGAUUCGGGAAAUGCAUUAGUAGGAUUCUCUGGAGAAAAGUCUUGGCCUUUGGGAGAAAUAAAUCUUAGAGUGGUAAUUGGGGAACAUCCAAGAACAAGGAUGGAGGAACUAACAUUCAUAAUCAUCAGGGCGGAGUCCCCUUACAAUGUGAUAUUGGGCCGAACAGCCAUGCGCCGAAUGGGAAUAAUACCUUCCCCACUCCACGAUUUAGCCAUGUUCCCGACAAGAAAUGGAGUUGGAAGUGUACGUUCCGAAUAUAGGAAGCCUCACCAUUAUCAGUCUAUAUCCAUAGGGAAGCAGUUGCCAACAGAGGUCAAGAAGCAGCUUAAAGACAUGCUUCGAUUGAAUAAAGACGCAUUUGCAUGGGCUCCUUCAGACAUGACAGGGGUACCAAGGCAACUCAAGUUUGGAGAUGAAGUGUUCGAUACGCAGCAUAGGUUAAAUGUUCGUCCACAUGUCGAACCCAUCAAACAGAAAAGAAGGAGCCUAGCUCCGGAGCGGGCACGAGCAGCAUAA